AGCAACGCUAAAGAACGAGUACGUACUUAUCACGAUUUGCUCAUCGCACCGUUUAAUAUGCUAUCAUCUUUCUGUGGUCGCUUUUUAGGAAACGUCGAGGCCACAAUUUUGGUAUUCUUUGAAGAGCGUACUCAAUGA